ACGUAAUUAAUGAGGGUUCAUGAUUUUAGUAACCAGUUUAUUUUUGUUGCAGUUGUGUUUGUUUUACCUUACGUGUUAAACUACACAGCACUGCAACAAAGAUUAAAACAAACAGUGAAGUUUUAACUUCGUUCCAUGCAGCUUUGAGACUCUGCAACGCAAUGAAGACUUGUAAGAUAUUGGUGGCCGUUUUGUUGUUCGUUGUUGUUUAUUUUGUUUCAACACUGCCUGUUGAAGACGAGCUUGUUGCUAUCAGAACUAAAAGGCACUACGAACACAAAGACGAAAAGUCGCAUUCGGAAGAGUGUAAACACGAGAAAUGUAGUGAUAAAAUGAGUAAACAUGAACGCAAAAAAUGGGAAAAGUAUUACAAAAAGUUAAAAAAGGAACAUGGAAGCAGUGAUCCUGAGUUUUGGAAAAUGGAAAAGGAUGACAAGAAAAAGCAUUAUCCGCCACAUUUAAAGAAAAAGAUUGAAAAAGGAGAAAAAAUCAAGCAGGCGGAAGAAGAUCAAUUUGAAAAUGAAUUUGGUCGAUAUUACCAGCGAAAUACCACAUCUAUAAUUGAUGUCAUAAGUUCAAUUAACACUGGAAACGAUAUAACAGAAGUUGAAGAAGGAGACUUGGUUGUUACUAUACCUCACUUUGACUAUCGUGAUAAAGCAUUUCAACAAACUGCCAGGGAGCUUGAAUGUGAUGAUGAUCAUGGAAAAAAACCAAAGGGAAAGAAGAAACCAAAGGGAAAGAAACACCACUGUCAUAAAAAAAAGAGCAAGGACAAAAAGUAUCACCAUCACAAAUAUAAACGAAUGUGGGAAGAACGUAAGCGAGAUGCUCGUCGAGACCGAGUUUACCUGUGGCUUAACAGAGUGGUACCAUACACUAUCGAUUCAGCUCUUAGUGAAUCAGCAGAUACAAUCAAGUAUGCUUUACAACAGAUUGAAGAGAAAACAUGCAUCAGAUUUAAAGAAUACCAAGAUGAACCCAACUGGGUUGUUUUUGUUAAGAAGUCUGGUUGUUGGUCAAGUGUGGGAAGAAAGUUUUGGUCAACAGGUCCUCAAGAAAUCUCAUUGGGAAGUAACUGCAUGUACACUGGUAUUAUUAUUCACGAAGUGUUGCAUGCUCUUGGUUUUUGGCACGAGCAAUCAAGACCAGAUCGAGGAGAAUAUGUUGAGAUCUUUUGGGAGAACAUCCAACCAAGUGAGCAACAUAAUUUUAACAAAUACGGAAAGAAUGUUGCUGAUGUACUCACUGCUCCGUAUGACUUUGAUUCUAUAAUGCAUUAUGGGAAAAACUCGUUUGCAAUAAAUGCUAAGAAGCCGACAAUUCAAAGUUUGAUAGACCCUGCCACACCAUUAGGGCAAAGAGACGGAUUGUCAGCAACAGACAUUUUUCAAAUCAAUCUUUUGUAUGACUGUGCGAACACAGGUACUGGCUGGAGCAACUGGUCUCAAUUUGGUCCAUGUGACACAUCGUGCAGCAAAGAAAGGACAAGAUUCUGCAUGGAUCCAAAGGACAGGAUGGGAUGUCAAAACCCUCUUUCAACUGAACUGUUGUAUUGGGGUGUGGAUGUUGAAAAAGCUGUUUGUCCAGACGCAGAGUGUUAUGCUCCAAUCGAUGGCCAUUGGAAUAAAUGGGGAGCUUGGGGAGACUGCAGUGUGACAUGUGGCGAUGGAAUUCAAACCAGAUCUCGGGAAUGUACUGACCCUGCCCCCGUACAUGGCGGUAAGGCUUGCGUUGGCUCGAAUGUACAGACGCAUGCCUGCAAGAGACAAAGCUGUGACGCUGGACCAUACGAUUGUGGAUUUGAUAUCGAUUCGACACCGUUAUGUACGUGGAGUAUGGAUUCAACGUCCGAUUUUAACUGGCAACGUAACUCGGGAUUCACUCCAUCUUCGGGUACUGGACCGGAUUCUGACAAUACUACUGGAACAGGUUAUUAUAUGUAUAUUGAGAGUUCGUCGCCAUGUCAAGCAGGAUGGAAAGCGCGUCUAGUUAGUGAAAGUAUGAAAGCUGGUAGUAGAUGUCUCAGGUUUGCGUAUAACAUGUAUGGUCUAUCAACAGGCAAUUUAAACGUAUACGUUAAAGAUGUCUCAACACAUGCGCUAACUCCCGUAUUCACAAAAUCUGGUGACCAGCUAAAACUAUGGCACGAUGCAGAAAUUGAUGUAGCGUCAGCUAAUGACUAUCAGAUUGUUAUAGAAGGUGUUCGUGGGAACAGUUUCCAAGGUGAUUCAGCAAUUGAUGACAUCACAGUAAAAGAUGGCGCAUGUAAUGAACCUGUCACUACUCCACCUCCUCCUGAACCCACUGUGGAAAAAGUUGGGUGUUACUAUAGCAAAGGUUACAUUGACGGUAAACGAACAUUCCCUGUUGUGAAGAACUUACGGAGUCACAUUGUUUGGACUGAUUGGGAAAGAACUUUAAAGGAACUAAUUCUUCUUUGUUCGGCUUUUGCACGCGAAAAUAACUACGAGUAUUUUUCCAUUGAAUAUUAUGGCGAAUGUUGGACUGGUGCUACGUCCGAGGUAAACUAUGCCAGAGAUGGAGAAACAACAGACUGUUGGCCAGGAACUGCGGACAAUGUUGGACCAGCGCUAGUUGGACAGGAAUUCUCCGGAAUGGUUUAUAAAUGGGUUUAGAAUGCUGUAAAGCUUCAGAGUAAAGAGGGAUUGCCAACGAAAGAAAACUGUAAAUUCUACUAUUAUAAAAUAUAGCAGACAACAAACGCC